AGAAUCAGGAAGUUAAGCGCCAUCUGUGCUUGACAGUACACUAUCCCUUCGACUGUUGUGUAAAACAUUUGGUUGUGGAUUUACUUAUUCAAUGCUUUACAAUAGACAUUAUCAUUAAAACGUGCAUGGCAACUCCGGACAAUAAUAUGCGCCCGUCCCUGACCAGUGCCUUCCAACACAGCCGUGAGUCAUACUGGGACUAGUCUCUGUGCCGCUGGUACUACAAUCAGUGCCGCCCUAUACUGGUCCAGGUCAAGUUUCCUUCCUACAGAGGAAGAGGCAUGUCCUACUGGUCUGUAGGCCUCUCCAUGGCCACGGGAGACACACAGAAUAACAUGGAAGAACCAAAUACACAAGAUGAACAACAAGACGGUUCUGUGGCCGCAGAGGACAUGGGAGGCAAGGCGUCCACGCUGGGCAACGAUGGAGGCUCCUCUCUGGGUCCGUCUCCCACCUUGGAGAAUAUCCAGGGGGCGUACAAGGAAGGGGACAACGGUAUGGCCCGGGAGCUGAUCCAACAAGCCUGCCAUUUGGAGAGUAGUGAAGGGGGUCCUCGUCUGGAGGGGCUGCGUCUCCUCUGUCUGGCCACCCAGAAUGGGGAUACAGAGAGUGUGCGUUACCUCCUCACUGAGGCCCAUGUGCCCCUGCCUCAGGAGCCGUCAGAUGAAAACCCUGCCAUCUUGGCUGCUCACUACGGCCAUGCCAGCCUGGUCAGAGAGCUGCUCGACUCAGUACCAGAAUCGUGUUUACGUAGAGACCUGCUGAACUGGAUGUUGGCAUCCGCAUGCCAACAGGGUCAUCUGGAGGUGGUUCGACUGUUAGUGCUGGGUUACCAUGCCGAUGCUGAGGACUGUGCCAUCCACAAUGAGGAGUUUGCUGUCAUCACGGGGCUGCCUCUCUACGCAGCCGCACACGCAGGUAAUGAGGAGAUAGCUAGUUUCCUGCUGGAGAAUGGUGCUGGGUUCUCUUCCUACACCCUGAUGGAUCACCCUGCCUUCAGCUCACUUCUACUCAGACAACGGCUGGUAGAGGCCAGCACCGAAACACACACAGGACAAGGGGAUGGAAAGUUACUGUGCGUGCGGUGGUCAGGUCUGAAGCUGCCAUGGCUGGAGCUGGACUGGUUCAUGGACGUGUCGUCCCGGAUCACCCACCUGGACCUCUCCUGUAACAGCCUCUGUGCCCUGCCCUCUGUGGUGCCCUGGGGGCUCAUGCAGCUCCGCACGCUAGACCUGUCCAACAACCUGCUCAAAGAGCUGCCCACAGCCCACAACUCGCAGGAGAUCAUCUGCUCCAGACUCCACCAGGUGAAUCUGUCACAGAAUGAGUUGACAACCCUGCCAUCCGGGCUGCUCCAUCUCACCAGGGUCCGGAGGCUCUCAGCCGCUAAGAACAAGCUCACCAACCUAUUUGAAAUUCCUAAUGGUACUAACUGGAUAGGUCUGCGUCAGCUGGAGGAGUUGGAUGUGUCAGAUAACUCUCUUACCAGUCUUCCCACCGCCAUCCUCCACUCUUUUAAAUCCCUCAAAUCCCUGAAAGUCUGCCAGAACCGACUCAACAGCUUCCCUGACCCCUGGGCCUGUCCUCUGAAAUACUGUCGAGCCUCGUCAAACCUAAUCGAGAGUCUUCCAGAUACCAUCUCCAUCUUCUGGAGGGCCCAGCUCCAAGAAGUGGAUUUCUCUGACAACCUCAUCAAGGAACUGCCCUCCUAUAUAUUUGAGCUGGAGGCCCUGGUCUCUCUCAAACUGUGUGGAAAUCAGAUCUCCACUCUGCCAGCAGCCAACAAGUGGAAAUGCUCUCUGCUCAGAAGCCUAGACCUCUCCAGGAACCAGCUGGGCAAGACUGAAGAAGGACCUAAAACCAGGAAGCUGGCUUUUCUUACCACAUGGCAUCGAAGAGACCCAGACCCAGUGUGUCCCAUCGAGUUUCCAGGAAUUUUGCGGGAUGCAUUGGAAGUGCUUUCGUUGAACGACAACCAGCUGGAGUCUGUGCCCCAGUCGGUGUGUUGCCUGAGGAACCUCACCGAGCUUUACCUUUCCAAUAACCCAGGUAUUCGGGAACUUCCAGCUGAGUUGGGCCAGCUCUCUAAUCUGUGGCAGCUGGACAUCGAGGACCUCAACAUCACCAAUGUUCCCCAGGACGUCAGGAAGGAAGGACCAGCGUCUGUGCUGUCCUUCCUCCGAGCCCACCUACGGAAAGCUGAGCCCUGUAAGCUGCUGAAGAUGCUUGUGAUUGGUCCUCCUCGGCAGGGAAAGACAUCCCUCCUGGAAGUCCUGCAGACGGGCAGGCCCACCCCUUUCUCCUGUGUACAGAGCAUCAGUACAGCCCCUUGGGAACUGGACAGGCCCAGUGGGGUUAAAGCUGGUACGGACUCUGUGGCUUUCAGCGUGUGGGACAUCGGUGGCCCAGCCAACAUGGCCACGGUCAACCAGUGUUUCUUCACGGACAAGGCCCUGUACGUGGUCAUCUGGAACCUGGCUCUCGGAGAGGAGGCCGUAGCUAACCUUCAGUCUUGGCUGCUUAACAUCGAGGCGCGUGCCCCUAACUCUGCUGUGGUUGUGGUGGGCACCCAUCUGGACCUGAUUGACACCAAGUUCCGAAUGGAGCGGGUUGCCACGCUGCGCGCCUACAUCCUGGCUCUCUGCCGAUCGCCGUCAGGAGCGCGAGCCAGCGGCUACCCUGACAUCACUCUGAAACACCUGCAUGAGGUAUCAUGUAAGACCCUGGAGGGCCUGGAUGGUCUGAGGAAGCUAAUAUUCCAGGUUGCCUGCUCCAUGAAGGACAACAGUAGCACUUCUGCUAGUGGGAACAAGCUGGUGGGCAGACUGAUUCCCAAGAGUUACCUGAUGCUGCAGGAGGCAGUGCUGGCCGAGCGUGAGCGGCGGGACGCAGAAGACCAGGUCCAGUACCUGACAGACUCCCAGCUGGACCAAAUUAUAGAGCAGAACCCAGGAAGUGACAUCAGAGACUACGAGGACCUUCAAACGGCCAUCAGCUUCCUGAUCGAGACUGGCACCCUCCUCCACUUCCCAGACACCAGCCACGGUCUGUGUACCCUCUAUUUCCUGUGUCCCGUCUGGCUGUCCGAGUGUCUGGAGCGGAUCAUCCACCUCAAAAGCUCUCGAUCGGUGGCCUGGAAUGGUGUCAUCCGGGCCGAGGACCUCCGCAUGCUCCUGGGGGGGACCGGCUUCACCCAGCAGACAGAGGAGCAGUACUUCCAGUUCCUGGCCAAGUUUGAGAUCGCCCUGCCUGUGGCCAACAACAGCUACCUGCUCCCCCACCUCCUUCCCCCUAAGCCUGCUAUGGACAUCCAUGGCUUCCGCCAAGCAACGGCCAACACCAUCCAGCGGCUCUUCAAGAUGAGCUUUGUGCCAGCAGGAUUCUGGGAACGCUUCAUCGCCCGAAUGCUCAUCAGCCUCAACGAAAUGGACCUUCAGUCCUUCGAGACGAAGAGGAACGCCAAGUCCGAGCGGAGGAGGGCCACUGUGAUCUACAGUUUUGCGGGAACCGGCAGCAAGCAGAGGAACCGCUGCAGCACCUUCAGAGUGCGCCGCACGCAGACCAUCUACUGGAGGGAGGGGCUACUGGUCACGUUCGACGGAGGGUAUCUAAGUGUGGAGUCCUCCGACGUCAACUGGAAGAGGAAGAAAAGUGGAGGCAUCAAGAUCAUCUGCCAGUCGGAGAGCAGGGAUUUCUCUGCCAUGGCCUUCAUCACGGACCACGUCAACUCCCUCAUCGAACAGUGGUUCCCUGCCCUGACUGCCAGUGAGAGUGAUGGGACCCUGUUGAUUGAACAGUAUGCCCCCUGUCCCCUGUGCUCCUCCAUGGGCAAACCCAGUCAUUGGCACGGGCCUUGGACAGGACCAGCAGCCGACGGAGGAAAAGAGAGAAUCCACUACUUCAACAUGGAGGACUGUGUCAUCGCUGCCAUGGACCAGGAACACAUAGUGUGUCCCCAGCACCCCAAACAGCCUGUACCCCUUCAGGAGCUCGUCCCCGAGCUCUUCAUGACGGACUUCCCCUCACGGUUGUUCCUAGACAAUACUCAGUUGCAGAGUAAUGAGGAGGACGUGGAUAUCUUGGGACAGGGUGGCAGUGGCACCGUCAUCUACAGAGCCUGUUACCGUGGCCAACCAGUCGCCAUCAAGCGCUUCACCUUUAAGAAGUCCAAGCAGCAGACCGUCAACUGUGAUACAGACACCAUGAUGAAGCACCUCCAGUCCAUGGACGCAUGUCGGAACUUCUCUGAGUUCCGCCAGGAGGCCAGCAUGCUCCACUCGCUGCAGCAUCCCUGCAUCGUGUCCCUGGUGGGCAUCAGCAUCCACCCCCUCUGCUUCGCCCUGCAGCUGGCGCCCCUCGGAAGCCUCAAUGUCGUGCUGAAGGACAGAAGCAGGGGCUCUAGGUACAUGCCUCUGGGUCAUAUGCUCACCUUCAAGGCAGCCUAUCAGAUCGCAGCAGGGCUGACCUACCUGCACAGGAAGAACAUCAUCUUCUGUGACCUCAAGUCUGACAACAUCCUGGUGUGGUCUCUGGAGGUGUGUGACCCUGUGAAUUUCAAACUGUCGGACUACGGCAUCUCGCGCCAGUCCUUUCAUGAGGGGGCGCUGGGGGUGGAUGGAACGCCAGGGUACCAGGCCCCCGAGAUACGUCCAGGCAUCGUCUAUGAUGAGAAGGUGGACAUGUUCUCCUAUGGGAUGGUGUUGUAUGAGUUGCUGACAGGUCGCAGGCCUGCGCUGGGCCACCACCAGCUCCAGAUAGCCAAGAAACUGUCUAAAGGGAUCCGUCCGGCCCUGGGAAGCCCAGAGGAAGUCCAGUUCCACUGUCUGCACGGCCUGAUGAUCGAGUGCUGGGACACCAAGCCGGAGAAGAGGCCCUUGGCCGUGCAGUGUGUUAGGCAGAUGCAGGAGCCCAGCUUCCCCUGUCUAAGGUACCUGCUGUCCUGUGACACACACUCGCAGCUCUUCCUGUCACACCUGCAGGGACACAGCGCCGUCUUCUGGGACGGGGACAAGGACGACAGGAACUACAGCGUGGUGAACGUAGACAAGGGUCAGAUGGAGGUGAAGAGGAUGUCAUGUCCUGGGACCCGGCUGAGCUGUCAGAUGAAGAUGGACAACACCUUAUGGACGGCCACAGAGGAGCAGGAGGUGUUCAUCUAUAGUCUGAAGGAGAUGUGUCCUCUGAGCCAGCCCCAGAAACAGCUGUCCUGUCCUGCCGUGGUCACCUGUCUGUUUCCCGUGCCGGCCAGAGAACAGACUCAAGCGCGAGUCUUCAUGGGGAUGUCAGACGGCCUGGUGGCAGUGUACAGUCUGGAAGACGACAUGCCUGUUGACGGAGAGACCUACCUGUGUUCUCACACGCUCAAUAAAACCGUGUUUGGGAUGGAGGACUCCGACCACAGGCAGAGACCUUACCCAGUCAGAAGCAUGGCGCUCGUCCACAGUGGCUCCCAGCUGUGGUACUCCAAUGGCCCAGGUCUGUUGGUGAUCGACUGCCGGACCCUCCAGGCCGUGUCUCGCCUGGACCCCUACAGCCCCCCGUCCUCCAUCCUGGCCCUGGCCUCCAGCUUCUGCCUGUGGGGUGAUGAGGCGGUGUGGACCCUGGACGACCACACGAAUACCCUACAGCUCUACCACGCUGCCACCUACCAGCUCUGUGCCACCUACGGCUGUGGCGACGCCCACCCUUUCCGGGAUGUGUUCACUGUACAGCGACCCUCUGGAGUUACCGUGGCUACGACCCCUGAACUUAACCUAAAGACAAACCGUCCACUGGAGGAGAAUCGGGAGGGGGAGUGUCCUGACGGCGAUGUGACGCUGAUUUACAGCGAGGAGGCGGGGACUCAGAUCAUCCAGCACCAGGAUUCACUGACGGACUACUGCUCCAUGUCGUCCGACUCCACCCCUUCGCUGGGAUUGGAUAGAUCCAGUUCCUGUGCUCUCAGCUCACUGGCUAGUUCCAGCAGUAUGCCCUUUUCCACUGACUGUGAGGAGGAAGAGAGGCCUCAGGACCACCCAGCUGACCCUGACCCUGUCGUCACCUAUGACCCCACCACUUCUUCCAUUUCUGCUCUGCCCCACCUGCGGGCCCUGACUGUGCUCCCUGUCAGUGGAACCAUUUGGAUCCCCAGGAGUGGGGGAGACGUGUUGGUGAUUGAGGUCCAGAAUCACACAGGACAGUUCAGGGGGCGUGUCAUCGCUGUGCUCAGCCCCCCUGGAACCUCCUCUUACGGGACCCUGGAGGAGGCAGCGCUGGUUGCGAAGGACACGGUUGUGUGUGGCUUUCGCAACAAAAACAGGGCCUGGUGCCUGUGUGUCUGGAGGGGCUGGGGCGCCCGCGAGCUGGAGGUCUUCUACCAGUCCUACGAGGAGUUGGGGCGGCUAGAGAGCAGCAUGAGGAAAAGAAGGUAGCCGUUGUACGGAACUAGCCGCGGUGACCCAGGCUAGCCUAGCAGUCGCAGAAUCACAUAUCUGUAUGUGUGUGGAGGGAGACGUGGGCCAGGGGAAAGACACACUCACAGGCCCCCAGUGUUCACAGCAGGGGGCUGCUCUGACGCGGAGGGAGGGAGUGAGGGAGGGAGGGA